AUGAUUGGUUUAGCAUUACAAUGUCAGAAUAAACAAUGUAUGAAUCAUAAUACCGAUGCCGUUAAUGGUGGUAAUUCUUCAAGUGAUACAAAUUCCUGUAAAGAUACUACUAUUCAAUCUAAUAUUUUGCUUCCACUAAAACAUCCGUCACCUAGACAAGAAGUAAAUGACUCAUGUUCAAAUAAAAAAUUCAAAAGUCAACCUACAGUAGCAUGCAGUUAUUCUUUUAAACUUCCUCAAGAGUAUAGUAAGAAUAAAUUGGAACAUUCAACACAAAAUCCAGUCACCAAUCGAAUUAACAAUAAAAUGAAAUGUCAAUACUUACAAGAUAAUCAAAUGAAUUAUGACUUAGAUGCCAUACAUAAUCCUAUAUUGUUUUAUUCUAAUUCAUCUAAAAAUUAUCAAAAAUGCACAAACAGUAAUAAAUCGUUAUGGAUUAAUCAACGUAAACGAAUUUAUGCAUUAGGGCCUUUAAAAUCUAAGAAAAAAAGUUCACAACGUAUAUCAAAAUAUAUUAACCGAUUUAAUGCAAACAGUUUGAUAGACUUCAAACCAAAAUUAUCCAAAAGUGGCUUUUUGAAUAAAAAUUUGUCGCAUAAAAUUAUCAGUCCUUCUAUUCACAAAAAUUUUCAAAUUAAAACAAUACAAACAGAAAACUUUCCAUUUCAAAAAGAGAAUAUUAAUAAUGAUGACAAUGAUGAGGAUUGUAACAACUUUCAUGCUAAAAUUUUCGAACUGAUCAAUACGAUUUAUGGUACCUAUGCAUUUAAUCAUUUUAAAACUUCUACUACAAAUCAAGGUAAUACUAGUGAAAGUAAGAUCAGCGAAAUUCUACGACAACCAAUGACUUCAUCGAAUGAAAUUAAUCAAACUAUUCAUCAUAACCAUUUCCUUAAAGUGAACAAUACUCCAUCAAAUUUAUCAUCAUUAUCAACAUCAUCUCAAUUAUCAUCAGCAGUGCCAAUAAAAUCUUUAAAUGAUGAUAGAAAAUUAUUCUCUAAACAAACUAAUCUAUUAAUACAAGAUAAUGUUAGAAAACACUUUCAAAAAUUAACAGAUUCAAUUUUCAAUCACAGUUCGGCACAUUCAAGUUCAUACUCUAUAAUAAAUAAUGAUAAACCUUUAGAUUUAAGAAAUCAUUUACCAACUGAAUUGAAUAGUAUAUCAUGUAAAAAUAAAAAUCAUAUUACUAAUGAUAAAUUAAUUGAUGAAUGUGAAAAACUUAGUAAAACUUAUUUAUCAUCAAUUGGAAAUUUGAAUUCAAAUGAACUUUGGUCAACAAUUUUGUUGUCAUUAUUCAAUAAAAAAUUGAGUCAAUAUUCACAAAUUAAUCCGAAUCAUGUCAAUCAUGAAUUAGUGUUAUCAAAUAAACCGCCUUAA